GAGAGAGUGAGGAGGCUGCGUCUGGCUCCCGCUCUCACAGCCAUUGCAGUACAUUGAGCUCCAUAGAGACAGCGCCGGGGCAAGCGAGAGCCGGACGGGCACUGGGCGACUCUGUGCCUCGCGGACGAAAAUCAACUAAACAUGGGCAAAGGAGAUCCUAAGAAGCCGAGAGGCAAAAUGUCCUCGUAUGCAUUCUUUGUGCAAACCUGCCGGGAGGAACACAAGAAGAAGCACCCGGAUGCUUCUGUCAACUUCUCAGAGUUCUCCAAGAAGUGCUCAGAAAGGUGGAAGACCAUGUCUGCUAAAGAAAAGGGGAAAUUUGAAGACAUGGCCAAGGCUGACAAGGCUCGUUAUGAAAGAGAAAUGAAAACCUACAUCCCCCCCAAAGGGGAGACCAAAAAGAAGUUCAAGGACCCCAAUGCACCCAAGAGGCCUCCUUCGGCCUUCUUCUUGUUCUGUUCUGAGUAUCGCCCCAAAAUCAAAGGAGAACACCCUGGCUUAUCCAUUGGUGAUGUUGCAAAGAAACUGGGAGAGAUGUGGAACAACACUGCUGCAGAUGACAAGCAGCCCUAUGAAAAGAAGGCUGCCAAGCUGAAGGAGAAGUACGAAAAGGAUAUUGCUGCUUACAGAGCUAAAGGAAAACCCGAUGCAGCAAAAAAGGGGGUGGUCAAGGCGGAAAAGAGCAAGAAAAAGAAGGAAGAGGAAGAUGAUGAGGAAGACGAAGAGGAUGAAGAGGAGGAGGAAGAAGAGGAAGAUGAAGAUGAGGAAGAAGAUGAUGAUGAUGAAUAAGUUGGUUCUAGCGCAGUUUUUUUUCUUGUCUAUAAAGCAUUUAACCCCCCUGUACACAACUCACUCCUUUUAAAGAAAAAAAAUUGAAAUGUAAGGCUGUGUAAGAUUUGUUUUUAAACUGUACAGUGUCUUUUUUUGUAUAGUUAACACACUACCGAAUGUGUCUUUAGAUAGCCCUGUCCUAGUGGUAUUUUCAAUAGCCACUAACCUUGCCUGGUACAGUCUGGGGGUUGUAAAUUGGCAUGGAAAUUUAAAGCAGGUUCUUGUUGGUGCACAGCACAAAUUAGUUAUAUAUGGGGACGGUAGGUUUUUUUUUGUUUUUGUUUUUGUUUCAUCUUCAGUUGUCUCUGAUGCAGCUUAUACGAAGAUAAUUGUUGUUCUGUUAACUGAAUACCACUCUGUAAUUGCAAAAAAAAAUUGCAGCUGUUUUGUUGACAUUCUGAAUGCUUCUAAGUAAAUACAUUUUUUUUUAUUAGUAUUGUUGUCCUUUUCAUAGGUCUGAAAAUUCUCUUCUCAAGGGGAAGCUAGUCUUUUGCUUUUGCCCAUUUUGGGUCACACGAAUUAUUGCAGUGUUUCUUUUCAUAUAGUUAGCUGGAAGAAGAGCUUUUAUUUACACACCCUGCAUAUUGUGAUGGGGGUAAUAACAUUUUCGUCCAUAGUUAAUUCCAAAAUUGUGAUCUGUCGGUUAAGAGAUAGUACACAACCCGCGUGCAAAGCUGAGAGUGAUCAGUUCUAUAAUACCAUAGGAUUAUUAGGAUCAAACAGUCUGAAGUCUGUCCUUGAAGGACCAAUAGAAAAGUAUGUUCUAAUCCUUACAUGAGGACUCUUCUUAGCUUCCAUUACUAUGUAAUGGCAGUUACAUUCUGCAGUUCCCUUAUUAAAGACCUGAGAAUGUAUCCCCAAAAGCGUGAGCUUAAAAUACAAGACUGCCAUAUAAGACUCUGUUGACAUUAGCCCUAGUGAAGGCUAUGAUGAAAACUGGCUAUAAUGCCUUUGCCCAUCUAUCUAAAACAGGGUUGCUCAGGAAACUUGAUUGUUUAAAAUUAUUUUUAAUUAGUUUAGCCAGCUUUUCUUUAAAUUAUGCCACAUUUUAAAUUAAAAUAAGGGUAUAUUUUCCUAUAUUGUAAUUUAUCCCUUUAUUAAAUCUGAGA